AUGUCAUACACGCUGCUUUUCGCUCUGCUGCUUUACUCCAUACAAAUCAGCGUCUCCAAGCUUUUGCCGAUUGCGGAGAGCAAUAACAAUGCGAAGCAUACAUUCGCCAACACUCUUCUACGCAUCUACAAAGAAACACCCUACGAGACGAUAUUUGUGUUAGAGAAUGCAGGUAAAUCUUGCUUUGCAACAAACGUACUCGAAAGUAGUUUGAAAAUACCGUUAAUCAGAGCCACAGACGCUGCUGCGGGAGAGCAACUAAGAACGCGUUUCAAUAGCAAUCUGCUGACAAUUGUCUGUUUAUCACAGGCGCAAAUGGAGCUCAAGCUACUGAAGAUGCUGGCCGCCAGUUUGCAAUACCGACAUCAGACGCGGAUUGUGCUACAUUUUGCCGAGAUGAAACCCACGUCAGCACUUUUGGCAGCGUCGCGGGAUUUUUUCGAACUUAAUUACAUGACGAAUGUCAUCGGUUUCUACAACUCAACACACUACUACCGCUACUCUCCCUUCCCCAGUGGUAAUUGGAAGCUGGAAAGUGCAAACACAACGCGUUUCUAUACGCCCCUCCAUCAGCUCAAUUUACAUGGUAAGAUUUUCAACACAUUACCCGAUCAAAUACUACCUCGUAGCAUGGUUUAUGUGGAUGCGAGUGGUCAGCAGCGUUUGAGUGGUCAUGUGGGUUAUUUAAUGAGCACGUUUGCUUCGAAAUAUAAUCUCACGCUCAAAUUUGUGCACCCAGUGACACCAGGCAAUAUAAUACAUUUAACGGUUCUAUUUGAUUACGUCAACAAUGGCACUAUAGAUUUGGCGAUCUCUCUGACUACGGCAUCCUUCAACCCGACACGCGUCUAUCCUCUACUCUCCUAUCCGCUGGAGAUAAUUGAAUGGUUUGUGGCGCUGCCUUGCUCAAUACCAUUGGAGUACGCGGAGAUUUAUACGAUUGUCGUCACCACUCAAGUAAUCGCCUUGUUGACACUACUCACCCUACUCUUCUCUGCACUGGACGGUAUCAUAAAGUAUUUGUUCCACAAACGCAAUGAAAAUUUCAGUUUGUUUAACAUUUUAAUGAAUGAAAAUAUGUUUCGCGGCGUUUUUGGUCUUUCUGUGCUCAUUAAGCGUCGUACGGUGGUCUCUUCGAAAAUUCUCUACAUCUUUCUUUUCCUACUGGGUAUUUUCAUUAACAACAUGUACUCAGCCUACUUUCAAACUCUCUUCACCAGCCCACCGCUCCAAAAGGAAAUACUCAGCUUUGACGAUAUGCGUAGGCGAAAUUUGAAGUUGAUGUUCGAUCGCAGCGAAGUCCAAUUGGUGCGAGAGGCACUCGGCUCACAAUUCAACGAGACAUUUAGGAAUAUAUUAGUCUUGGCAGAUACUGCGACUGUGCAGAGUCAUCGCAGUUUGUACGAUACGAGUUAUGCGUAUACAAUGCCCGAGUCGCUUUGGGCGAUCUUCAGCGCACAACAAGAAACCUUCGAAAGGAAAAUAUACUGUUUGGCUCCAACCCUGAAAUUUUUCGGUUUAUUAAUGAUGGGCAUACCUGUGGCUGAGAAUUCAUUUCUAUUGGAGCCGUUGAAUAAGAUGAUAAUGCGUGCGACUGAAACGGGUCUGCUGUUACAUUGGCAGGCGAUGACAUUUAUCGAUUUGGUGGCAACUGGGCGGUUUUCACUUAAGGUAACGGGUAACGUGGUGGAAUUUCAUGACAUCAGCUUGAAGGACAUCGAAUUUCCGUUUCAUUUGCUAUUAAUUGGCUUAUGUCUGAGCAGUGUCGUUUUCAUUGUGGAGGUUUCUGCGUUCAAAUUGAAGAUCUUCCACACAAAGAGAGUUUUGAAAUAG